UGUUUUCUGUGUAAUAUUAACCGGAAGUCACGGAAUAGAGCUUUACUUUGAAAGAAUCUCUUUCUCCCUGUCCCUCUGUCUCUCUCUCUCUCUCCCUCUCUCUCUCAGCAUUAUUAAGGAAAUACUCACUCUCUACUUUUCACUUUGCGGGACUUCGGGACAUAGUGCGUACUGACGCUUUCUGGCAGUGAGCAAGUUGCGCUUUCCUUGCGUUUUUCCUCUGCCCUUUGCGCCGUUUAUUCCACCACCUUCAUCCACGCUCUCCUAGAAAAAUAACCCGAAGAAUUAAAAAAAAAAAUGGACCUGCCCGUUCACUCUGAGCAAACAGAAACCAGCCCUGCAGCAGAGCGUCCGGCCAGGAUGAGCAGACGGCAGAUUCUCACCCUCAUAUCAAUGGCAUCUGUCAACUUCAGCUCAAUGAUGUGCUACUCCAUAUUAGGCCCCUUUUUCCCCAACGAGGCAACGAAGAAAGGAGCCAGCCAGACUGUCAUCGGCCUCAUAUUCGGCUGCUACGCCAUCUCUAACCUCAUUGGCUCUUUGGUAAUGGGCAAAUAUAUUGUGCAGAUCGGAGCCAAGUUCAUGCUGAUCGCGGGGCUUUUUGUGUCGUCGGGCUGCACCAUCCUGUUUGGAUUACUUGACCGGGCCCCCGACGGGGCCGUCUUCAUCUCCCUGUGCUUUAUAGUGCGGUCCAUCGACGCCGUGGGCUUCGCCGCUGCCAUGACUUCAACCUUUGCCAUGACAGCGAAAAUAUUCCCAAACAAUGUGGCGACUGUUUUGGGAAGUCUGGAAAUCUUCACCGGACUGGGACUCAUACUGGGGCCACCGGUGGGAGGAUGGUUCUACCACUCUUUUGGAUAUGAAAUCCCCUUCAUGCUACUGGGGUGUUUCCUGUUGAUCAUGGUUCCUUUCAACAUUAUCGUUUUGCCAUCUAUCGAGGCAAACCCGUCAAAGUAUUCAUUCCUCAGACUCCUCAGACACACGAAAAUAGUCCUGAUAUGCUUUGUUAUAUUCACUCUCAGCUCCGGUCUGGGCUUCUUUGAUGCCACGCUGUCGCUCUUUGCAAUGAAGACGUUCAGUCUCUCACCCGGAUAUGUGGGGCUCAUCAUGCUCGGCCUGUCCCUGCCGUACUGUCUGGCCUCCCCUCUGUUGGGUUACUUCACAGAUAAAUACCCCGACUGUAGGGUGGGAAUGAUAGUGACAGGAGGUGUCAUCACAGCUUUUGGAUUCUGCCUACUGGGUCCCGCCCCUUUCCUUUCCAUCUCCAGUCAGCUGUGGUUGCUGGUCCUCAUGCUCGGCCUAAUUGGGUUUUCUCUGGGCAUGACCGCCAUCCCUACAUUUCCAGAGAUCAUCACGUGUGCAUACAGUGAACAAGGAUGUGAAGAGGGUCUUAGCACACUCGGGAUGGUGUCUGGCUUGUUCGGUGCAUUUUGGUCCAUGGGGAUGUUUUGUGGCCCGACAGUUGGUGGUCUUAUCACGCAGCAUCUUAACUUCGAGUGGGCUGCCACAGUCCAAGGAGGCAUAGGAUUUUUGGCUGCCUUUCUCCUUGGGAUUCACUCUCUUUGUCAACGAAGAAAACAAAGGGUGCAAGAAGAUCAGCAGACAGAUGAAAGCAGCCCUCUGCUGAACGGAUCCGGGCCUCAGCCGCACGUGGAAGGGGAAUGUAAUCUUUUUGCUUGACACAAUGGAAACAUUUUGUCGCUUUUUUGCCUUCAGUUGUGUUGUAUUGUUGUAUUUCAUGAAAUGGAAAAGCACUUUCAUUUGGCGCUGCUGUUUUAGCGGCGGGAAGAAAAAAAAACGAGGAGUUUGAAUUUCAAUCAAACAGUGGAAGUUUGAUUAUACCUGCAGCCAAAAUGUGCCUUUUGUUCUGGGACCUUUCUGUGUUAAAAUGGUCUUAGUUUUCUGCAGCACAUGACUUGGAUUUUACGCAGACGUGACUCUGUCGGGUCUACUAACACAUUCCUGGAACUAUAAAGGAGGGAAACUAUGUUUUAUCUUUGAAAAGAUAUAUUAUACAGGUCAUACCUGUAAUCAGCCCCAUAUUUGGUACAAAAAACGAGCAUGAUGCAUAUUCCAGUGCAGUCACAGUGGUGAUGUGUGUUUUGUGCCUUCCUUUCUGACUUCAGGAAUUGUCUUGUCUUUUACAGAUUUAAAUUAAAUAUGUAAAAAGGAAUAAAUGAUAAAGAAACGAACAGGCCUUUGUGUUUACUACACCCUGACCACCCUGACAUAAACUGAGCAAAUAUCUUUUGUACAGCAUGAAUACGAUGUCAAAUGAACUUCCAUUUAUGUCUCACUUGCAGUUCAACUUUUAGGAUUUGAACAUGA